AUGCAUCUUUCUCCUUUUCCCUUCUUCCAUCAAAGCUACUCUCGCUCUAGGCUGCCGUUUCUCUCUCUAACCCUCGACAACCUCCGCCGUUUCCUUCCAACAGCGGCGAUUUGCGCAGUUCUCCCUUCAGAACACCAAUUCGCUCUGUGUGGUAUUCCCUCCGGCGAGCCUUUGGGUUUCGCGGGUGUUAAUUCUUUGUUUUCGGGCCGAGUCGCGAAUGAGAUGACUCGGCGGUGCUCGCAUUGCAGCAAUAACGGGCACAACUCCAGGACCUGUCCCACGCGCUCGUCGGUUACCGGCGGCGGCGCUUCGUCUUCCUCUCUUUCGUCUCCCGGCGUGAGGCUGUUCGGCGUUAGGCUAACCGAUGGCUCGAUUAUUAAGAAGAGCGCCAGUAUGGGGAACUUGUCCGCGCACUACCAUUCCUCGUCUUCAGCUGCCGCUUCACCUAACCCGGGCUCUCCCGUCUCCGAUCAUCUCCGCGACUCGGGUCGCGUGGCCGACGGGUACCUGUCGGAUGACCCGGCCCACGGAAGCUCUUCAAACCAACGUGGAGAGAGAAAGAAAGUGGUGUGCUUGAUAGAGAGGGAAAUGGUUGGUUUCGGUACCGGUGAUGUGUUGCAAUGACACGAUGCACAACCAUGUUCUUGUUUAUGUGUUGCAUUCUUUUGAGUUGUGCUUCGUAUGUUUCUUACUAGCCCACUUUAUAUUUGUGCUGUAGGAAUGGUGUCCGACUCUGAAGUCGUCAAACUGAGUUAUCAAGUUUUGGUUUCCAAUGAAGGAACAUUUACAGUAGUUAUUCUUUCCAAUGAUACCCUCUUCAUCUUUAAUUAUCAAGUUUCUGUUUGCAUGAAGACAGUUUUCAGUAGUUAUUCUUUCGAAUGGAUGCUUGUGAUUCCCUCUUCCAUCUUGUUAUUCACAUAUAUGGUAGUUAUUCUUUCGAUGGGCUUGUUAAUCUCUGAAGUAAAUUUUGCUGUCCGCCCCAUGCAAUGCAGCUCACCUUGUAUUUCUGAUCUGGGUUUAGGUGUCCCCUGGACAGAAGAGGAGCAUCGUCUAUUCCUAAUUGGUCUUCAAAAACAAGGAAAAGGAGAUUGGCGUGGAAUAGCUCGGAAUUAUGUCGUGUCUAGAACCCCUACCCAGGUGGCUAGUCAUGCCCAGAAGUAUUUCAUUCGUCAGACCAACGCUACUCGAAGAAAGAGAAGAUCAAGCCUUUUCGACAUGGUGCCAGACUUGGUAUCUGAUCCACAGUCAGUGCCCGAAGAUGAAGAGUUACUACCCUCUUUGCAGGAAAGGGAGAGCAAUUAUAACAAUAAUGCAGACUCGCUUCCUUCGCUGAAUCUCUCUCUGAAGUCGGAGUAUGAACCGAUGGAAACCAUGUCCGAAGAACCUCCUCCUAAGGACGAGGAAUCCAAUGAGACUACUAUAACUGUUCCAAGACCAACUCAAUCAAGUGAGUUUCCACCAAUAGCUCCUGUAUCAAGUGAAUUCACGCAAUUUGGAUUCAUCCCGGCAUUUGUUCCGGUCCCUUAUCCAUUCUGGACUCCUAAUGUGAUCCCUGUUGAGGAAGCCAUGGUUGGGGAAACAUCCAAUCAUCAUCAGGUGCUGAGGCCAGUUGCAGCUGUUCCCAAGGAGCCAGUCAAUGUGGAUGAACUCGUUGGGAUAUCUCACUUGAGCCUCGUAGAUUCCAAGGAGGCAAAUCCUUUGCCGCUGUCUCUGAAAUUGACGUCUGAGGCAUCCAGGCAGUCGGCGUUUCAUGCUAACAAUGCCACUCCGGUCAGGGGUUCAGAUAUUGGCAAGGGAAAGGGAAGCCCCAUUCAAGCAGUCUAGUAGUAAGGCUUCUUUCGGGCUGAAGGUUUCCUUUUUAGUUUUUUUUUUUUGCUUGUGUUGAAAAAGUUUUAGCUGUAGUUCAGCUGUAAUUGUAAUUUAGCUGUAGAGAAAAAUUUAUAGUUAUGGAACUUAUGGUGUGGAAAGGCCAGAAAGUUCCCCAUUUCAAUUUUGAUCUCGUAUUGCCCCCCUUUUCCUUUCUUAGUCAUAGCUUUCACAUGGCACUUGGUGGAAUUAUUUAAAGUUAGAGAAUAUGUAUAUUUUUUAACAUAAAUGAAAAC